GAAUAAGUUAUAAGUAUGACAUUUAAUGACAAAAAAUAAUGGUUUGCUAUUGUGUAAUCAGAUUUCAGAUAAUAACAUAAAUUUAAUAAUCCGAUUUCUCCUUUUCUCAAGUAGAAAUUGAGGAGGAGUGAGAAAGUGAGAGUCAGAGAUGGACCUGCAAUGGCGGCUUCUGCCUCUGCUGAUGCUGCUCGCCUCUAUUUUCAUCCUCUUCUUCAUUCAAGACUCUUCGAAGCCAUCGCGGAAGGAUUGCAGUCUUCUUCCUUAUAAUCAUUUUUGGAUAAAAAGCAAGCGGAUUGUGACACCACAGGGCAUCAUUUCUGGUGCAGUUGAGGUAAAUGGAGGGAAUAUUGUAUCCAUAGUUAAGGAAGAGGACUGGAAAGCGAAAUCCAAAGAAUUAGUUGAUUAUGGUGAAGCUGUUGUCAUGCCUGGCCUGAUUGAUGUGCAUGCCCAUCUUGAUGAUCCAGGAAGAGCUGAAUGGGAGGGAUUUCCUUCAGGGACUAAAGCAGCUGCUGCAGGCGGUAUUACAACACUGAUUGACAUGCCCUUGAAUAGUUUUCCUUCAACUGUCUCUACAGAAACUCUAAAACUCAAGAUUGAAGCUGCAGAGAAGAAAAUCUAUGUAGAUGUUGGCUUUUGGGGAGGCCUAGUUCCUGAGAAUGCAUUCAAUGCAACUGCUUUGGAAGCUCUAUUAUUGGCUGGUGUUCUUGGUUUAAAGUCUUUCAUGUGUCCUUCUGGAAUUAAUGACUUCCCAAUGACGAACACCAGUCAUAUAAAGGAAGGACUGGCUGUAUUGGCAAAAUACAGAAGACCCUUACUUGUACAUGCUGAGAUUCAAGAAAAAAGUGAACUCCUCUCAGAAGGUGAAAAUGGUGGUGAUGAUCCUCGUUCUUAUGCAACCUAUCUUAAAACAAGGCCACCUUCUUGGGAGGAGGCAGCUAUUAGAGAACUCUUGACUGUCACUGAGGAUACGAGGCUAGGUGGUCCUGCAGAAGGAGCUCAUCUCCAUGUUGUUCAUUUAUCUGAUGCCAGUUCUUCCUUACAGCUUAUAAAGGAAGCGAAAAGCAGAGGGGACAGCUUAACGGUUGAGACUUGCCCACAUUACUUAGCUUUCUCAGCAGAAGAGAUUCAGGAUGGAGAUACCCGUUUCAAGUGUGCUCCACCUAUCCGUGACACAUCCAAUAAAGAAAAGCUGUGGGAGGCUCUAAUGGAAGGACAUAUUGAUUUGCUAAGUUCCGAUCACUCACCUACAGUGCCAGAUUUAAAACUCCUUAGUGAUGGUAACUUUUUGAGGGCUUGGGGUGGUAUCUCAUCUUUGCAGUUUGUUCUUCCUGUGACGUGGUCUUAUGGGCAAAAAUAUGGAGUGACAUUGGAACAGUUGACUCAAUUGUGGAGUGAAAGGCCUGCCAAGCUUGCUGGACAAGAUUCAAAAGGAGCCAUUGCAAUUGGAAACCAUGCAGACAUGGUCGUAUGGGAACCUGAAGCAGAGUUUGACCUGAAUGCUAAUUAUCCUGUGUUCAUAAAGAAUCCUAGUAUCUCAGCAUACCUGGGCAAAAGGCUCUCCGGAAAAGUUCUAGCAACUUUUGUAAGAGGAAACCUUGUCUUCAAAGAGGGAAACCAUGCUCCUACUCCAUGUGGUGCCCCAAUCUUAGCAACAUAAAAAACAGAGGUGGUGCUCCCAACAUUCAUAGAAUUCUCUAAUUUUGUGAUCCUGACUUGUUGCUCAUACUUACCAAAUUCUAAUUAAGGCUCGUCAUUAUUUUUGGCUGAAAUGAAGCUUCCCUUAGAAGGGUUACCUGAGAAUUAGCUCAACAAGAUGUCAAUGACAUCCUUAUUAGUAGAACUUUGUAUAUAUCAUGUUUCUUUUUGGCAUCCUUAAAACAUAAGAUAGACAGACCAGUGGGUGGUCUAAUAAUGAUACUAAUGUAUGUAUGUAUGGGGAUGGUGAAAAAUUAAGAUAUCAUAAGAAUAAUUUUUAAUAAAUAGGUUUUUUUUUU